AAUGUUAUAAAUGUUAAAAAUACAAAACAGCUCAGUAAUAUUGAGACAGUUCCUCAUAGUUUUAAAGUACUUUAACUUAUAUUUACAUAUAUGCAUUAUAGUGAACAUACAUACAUAAUCAUGAAAGAAGCUGGCUUUAGUCCCAAAUGGAAUGUUGUUGGUAAAAGUCAUAAAACUGAUUCAUCGUAAAAAUAAUAGAUAAUAGUGUGUACUUUCUAUUUACGUACAUAAAACGUGAUGACCUCAAAUAUUUCUGAUAUUGUAAAAAUUAAUUAAAGUAGUGAUUCAAAUUUAAACGAAUUAUAGAAUUAUAUAAAAAAAGGGAUAGUUUUAAUAGCUUUGUAUAUGUGUAAAUAUAUGUGCAUAAUAAUAUUUAUUGCUGCUAUGAAAAAAUCAAAAGCAAAACGGGACAAUUUUAAUUAAGCGCCAAGCUUAUAUAAUCAACAAUUAAAACCUAAAACCUUUCUACUGUAGACAAUUAAACAUUAAAUUUGUACAUAUUAAUAUAUGUAUGUACAAAAGAGGACUUGCUUUAUGAACAACCAAACAAAUUUAAUUGAAAUGCAAAGAAAAAUAUAAAAAUUUCUAUAUUCUGUGUUGAUGAGCAUAUAUUAAGGUUAACUAAUAUCAUAUGGGAAACCUCAUAGCCUUAUUAUUUAUACCCGGUACUCAAAGAGGACAAUGGACCCGUUUUUUUUCAUACAAUGGCUCCACGUCCUCGCACCGCCCAGUCCUUGGAUAGCAGACGUUCCCGAGGUAUUCAAUCCUACCGCUGCCGAGUCUGCCGGGGAAUCCAUCCUCUUCGGAAGUGCAAGAGGUUCCGAAAGCUGAGCGCCGAGAAGCGCCUCCGAGCAGUACUUAUUAAUAAGUACUGCUCAAAUUGCCUCGCCCACCAACAUUCCGAGGGGACCUGCCGCAGCCAGGACGGCUGCAAGAAGUGUGGAGGGAACCACCACACCCUGCUUCAUAUGCACGAGGAGCCGUCUCCACCCCACCCGUCGCGCAAUCCGCACCAAUCCGCCAGGUCGCAUCCCCGCUGUUACGCCGGGUCCGUCUCCCGCUCGUCGUCGCCAAACCGGGUCGCCAUUGAGCGUCCACGUCCGGAGGUCUCCGCUACGGCGCAGAUGUGUUUGCGAAACUAAUCCAACCGGGGUUCCUGAAACUCGAGGAUGGUUUGCCUGUCGCUCAGAGCACCGUGUUCGGAUGGACCGUUUCCGGAGCCGUUCUGGAACACUAAAGCUGAUCCUGGUUCCUUUUGCUAGCGCAAGGGGGGGAGAAUGUUCACGCCAGAAGGGCGUGAAGUUCUGAGCGGCAGAGUAAGCGGCGAGCGCUUGCGCUCAAGCUUGUGCUCCCGCUCACUGUGUCCUCCGCUCUUCCCGUCUCCCUCUCUUUCGCUAUUCUCCAGCAGCGAACUCACCACUCCGCGGUCCCUGCAGCCCGUUCUCCAUAUAGUUAAGUUAGUCGUAAUAUUGAAGUGAAGCGAAUAAAAUUGAAUUGAAGGAAGCUACCCCCCUCUCGCCUACUAAUUGGGAAAAUUGUGGGACUUAGCAGCCAG